AUGCCUCGCAAGCGCAAGCACCCCGCCAAAGACACUCAGACUGACGGCAUUUUGAGAGCAAGUGUACGCUUUUCCUUCGGCAGAGGUGCCAGCGCAGGCAGCGCCAGCAGGCUCCUGUCCGAGCUCCGCGAAGAGGAUGUUCUGGAAAACGUGCCCUCACAUCAGCAGAUUCGGGAUCGCGCGCAGUACGUGCGCAAGUCCUGGCUCCUGAAAGAAGGCACCGUGGUGAAGUUGCCUCUUCGCGACGGCGGGGUUUUCGACUGGGUUACGCUACGGCCCGUGCAAGCACUGCAGCAAGCUGCUGACUCCGUGCCCUGGUUCCGCCAGGCACUCGCAGCGAGGCUGCCAGAGCAUGGCGGUCCUGUGCGCAUGGCCUUUUAUGCUGACGAAGUUGUGCCAGGCAAUCCCCUGGCCCCAAAUCCAACCCGGCGAUGCGUUGCAUUCUAUAUGACUCUGCUGCCCUUCCGAGACCUGAUGCUCAGUGACAAAGCUUGGCUAACGGUGGCAAUCCUGAGAACCAGCACUCUGGAGCGGACGAUGCAUGGCUUGACGGGGUGCGUAAGUCUACUGCUGGAGCAAUGGCUGCCCGAUUUCCGCGGCCUCCCUCUUCGCCUGAGCGACACAGAUUGCCGCAUGGUGCAGCUGGAAUUAAGUGCCCUGGUCGGGGACGAAGCUGCUCUGGCCGGCAUCCUGGCCGCAAAAGGAGCAGCAGGCCGCAAACCAUGCUGGCUUUGCCGCAACUUGAUCAGUCGCGGAACUCCAUGGCGAACCUUGGCCAAUUCACGAAUGGAGGCGUUCCAGCAAAACACGGACGAGCAGAUCUGGCACGCGGUGGACGCCAUCAUAGGUUCACUGCUUGCUAACCAGAACCUGCGGCCUUUUGUGAAGCCAGUGUCCACAUGCUUUGAUCUUCUGCACAACUAUUUCAGCGGCGGCGUGGUAGCACAGGAAACAUGCCUGCUCACAGCUGCACUGGCAGAGGCCGGCCUGUCUCGCGAUCAACUCGUGCAACGCUUGCGAUCUCUUAGCUUGCAGAGCUCACGAACAAAUUGGGCCUCUCAAUGCUCGCACCUCAAGAACGCGUACUUCGGUGAUAUCUGGAAGACAGAUGGGUCCACACAGCAGUUCCUCUUGCCGCUGCUGCACUUCUUCGUCUGGAACGAAAGCAAGGACGAAAAGCGCGAAGAGCUACAAGGCAAACUCAGAUCUUUCGAGCUUCUCUGCCACCGGGUCUUCUGGGUUACACGGCUGCAGUUUCGUCGGCAGGCCUUUCUGCUGGAAAACCUUCGCGUUGCAGAGCAGCGGCACCACGACAAGUUCCUGACGGUCUAUGGCUUUGAGCGCCUGCGUCCCAAGCACCAUUACCUGCUACACCACCGCAGUCAGUACCUCCGACAUGGAUUGGUCAUCGACACCAAAGCCUGCGAGCGAAAGCAUCAGACUGUCAAACGUGUUGUUGAAGCACAGGUUCGUAACAUCGCUAGCUUCGAGGAGAACGUCUUGGCCAAGCUGGUCAUGUGCGAGCGACAAGACCAACGCAACGAGGACGAAAUGAGCUGGACCUACUUUUGCGAGAAGGGCAAGAAAGGAGCCUGGCGCCUCAAGAGUGCCUGGCAAUGCAUCGAGCCCGGGCAACCUCUAGUCUGGUCUCUGGCACAUGGCUCGCGCGCCAUGGUUGUUCAGAGUGUUGUGCCAGCGAGCGACAACCAGUCCGCCAUUGUGCUGAUUGGCACAGGCUACAGCUUGCGUGAGAUUCUCAGCGAUGGCCUCUAUCUGUGGAGCCCUACGGAGCAGAUGCUGCAGGUAGCUGUGCAUGCGAAUGGCCAGGAAUGGUGGCCCUGCCAGUACUGGAAGCUCUGCAGCAACAGCCUGCUCACGCUCUGGUGA